UAUGUGUGUCCAUCUUCCUAAUUUCGUAUUUCGUAGACAGUGUGGGAGUGAGUGGUGAGGAAUAGGACUUGUUCCAUAUUUAAGGAAGUUCCUAUUCAUGCGUGGUUCACCAAGAUGUCAAAAGUUUUACAGUUAGCCAGUGCUUUUAGUCGUUUAAGCUGUUCGGGAUCAUGCUCAGCUUUAAGAGCGCCUCAAACUCCGGCUCUAACGCCGUCACGAUACGUUAACUUCUUCAGCAAACACAGCGCUGAGGAUAUUUGGAAAGGAAUUACAAGUGUCAGUCCUCAGGGCCGAAAAAGAGGUCGUGCCAAAGGUCUGAGGAAAUUAAUCAGGAAUUUAAAUAAAGGUCAAGUCAUUGGUGUUGGCCGAGCAAAUAUCGUGUUUCCAGGAUUGUCCUCAAACAUCAUCCAAGGUAAAGAGAUAGUGCGACAGCACCAACUUCCCAAGGAUCCUGACUUUGAUGCUAAGCUGGCCAAAAUCAGAGAUACACAAUCUUCUUCAUUAAAGUCCAAUAAACUCACCCCACUUGAGAGAGGAUACACUGGGAGCAAAAUGCCAGGGCGUAGUAUUGGUCCGCCAGAUCCAAUUGGAGAACAAGAAUUUGAAGGAUUUGAUGUCAAAGUUGUAGAGCUCAAGCCUGUAAGUCAUAUGCGAGCAACUGUUGGAAGAUUCCGGCGAGUAAGCGUGACCACUGUAUGUGGAAAUAGAAAUGGUGUGGCCGGCUUUGCCCAUGGAAAAGCUGUUGAUGGAAAGACUGCUAUGCGCAAAGCAAAAAAUCGCUCUGGUCAAAGGUUGAUGUUCAUUGAACGUUACAAUGACCACACGAUUUGUCAUGACUUCUAUUCUCAAUUUGGCCGUACAAAAAUUUUUGCAUGGAAGCGCCCCGAAGGCUAUGGUUUAUUAAAGUGUCACCGCGUCAUCAGAACAAUUUGCGAACUGGUAGGAAUCAAAGAUAUGGAAGCCAAAGUUGAAAAUGCAACCAACAAUCCAAGUGCUGUGGUGAAAGCUUUCUUCCUUGGUUUACUUCGGCAACGAACGCCUCAGCAGUUAUCUGAUGAAGUUAAACUUCACCUAGUAGAGUUUCGCAAAGAAAACGAUUACUGUCCCCGUAUAGUUGCUUCUCCAACAGAGGGUUGUGACGAGUCCAAGUCAGAAAAAGACAUCCCCGACUAUGAUAACUACAUUUGGGAAGGCCGUGUCGUAUUAAGACGGAAGAAAUUCCCACCUUUCUUUGCUAACACUCAAGGUUACAACCAGUAUCUUAGAGUCCAAGAGCGAAAAAGAGGUAUGGAUGCUGUAAAACGCACUUUGAGGAAUGAAUAUGGUGAGCUUCGCAGUUUCUUGGCUGAGAAAUACCCAGAAUGUCGGCCUCCUAAUCAGAUAGUUAAUCGGAUGAAAGCUGCAGAAAAACCUGCUGAAAGUUAAUUAUGUCAAUCAUUUGAAAAUCGAAGGUCCUCAAACUAAGAGCUUGCUGUAGUGCAAUUCUCUGCUCCAGUUUAGCCCUCUCUCGAUUUAUUUUGCCACAACUUUCAGGUAUCAGUGAGUAAAAUCCCAAUAUCAUACCUAUACAUUGAUCGGCAAGAUUUAAAACAAAUGUAAAUAACAGUAAUGAAAGAGAGAAUGAACGAACAGCAUUUAGCAAAAAAUGAUCACGCUAUAUAUUGACAAGAAACCUGGUAAUCACCUACUUCCAUUUAAAGGGAUAGUGCCGAGACCAAGGUGUGCUUCUGCUAUUCUCUCCUUAUGUGUAUUUUGUAAAUAUUCGCUUCAUGAAGCAGCUGGACUUACGUGAGUAUGUAUUAGACAAAAUGUUACUUGUCAAGGUCAAGGAUCAUUUUAAUUUAUACAGGGCGAUUCAAAAACUCCGCACUCCCCCCUUAAUCCUUGGGGUUCUUGCCCCUUUUUGGAAUCCCCUCAAAUCUGUAGGGGGUCCUGAAAGUCAUUUUCCUUGAUGUUGGAGUACUCACAAAAUUUCGAGUCUCAGUCUCAAGUUGUCGAAAACUUACAUGGUGAUGCUCAAUACUGGUGGCGUGGUACUUCUGGAUCGCCCAGUAGAUAAGUCCGUAGUAAAGAAAAGAAGUGAACAGAUUGGUGGUUAGCAUCAAAUUACUUGACAGAUGUUUCAAAUGCAAUGAGCUUUGUGGAAUCUUGGUAUCGUAUUUUAUUCAUAUGACGAUAGCAAAUCUUUUUCAACCUCCGGAAGUUUUUCAAUCUACUUGCCAAUAGCUAUUAGAAAUUCCUAAUUACCUCCUCAGGAUAAUUGCCACCAUAAUUUGUCUUGAAGAGUCUCUUAGUCAUUAUAAUAAAGCUGCUUCUGAUUUGUUAUUUUUGUUGCAACAUAAAUAAGUGAAGUUUUCUUUCAAUAAAAUUUUGUACUGUUUUCAAGUUAA